AUGGGGCCUACCACUGAAAUGCACACUUUGCCAGUGUUUGAUGAAAAUGGAAUUCAAAUUGGAUUCCAACAAGUUAAUCGUCUCAUAUCUCAGACUCAACCCACCGGAAAUUUAGUGAAAUCCCAACCAAAUAUACAUCCCUCCCAGCCUGCUUCUGAUUCUCUCCACCCUAAUUCCAAAAAUUGGACUAGUAUUCCUUUGAUUGACCUUUCAAACCCUGCUGCACUUACAACCUUCAUUCCUCUCGAUCCCCAGCCACUCUCAGUUUGCGAACUUGAUCAAGGUGUUAUUGCAACCUUACUUGGUAAUCUACAAGGUGGUGAAUGGGAUCCUUGGCCGAAUGGUCGAUUUCGAUUGGAUCUUACUCACACUGAGUAUAUGGCUACUAAGCGGCUGGCAGUUCAAUGGGCUACUAAAAGUAACACUACUCGGAGCCGAAACUCCUCUGUUGGAUCUUCAACUAUUGCGGGUGGGAAGAUAUUGAACAAAAAAUGCCUUGGUGUUUUGAUAUGCACAGUUGAGGGUUGUCAAUUUAUUGGACGGCCUCAGGUUGAGUCUGCUGGACUCCAGAAACAGCUUUCAGCUAGGUGUUACUGUGGUGGUCAAUUGAAGCAUGACCACUGUUCUUCACGGUCGUACCUUAUCACCUGGGGUCAGCAGGAUGGUGACAUUUCGACAACACAGUACAGAUACAUCAAUGGUACUGCUCAUACCCAUAGCCGGCUUCCAGGUGUUGUGCGCACUACAGCAGCAGAGGAUCAGCGUUUCCGCACAGUAUACGAAAAUAGACCUAAUGCGACCUCCACUCAGCUUAUGGUUGGUGCCCCUGCUCCACAAGGCUUUGGACCUAGUGCUGCUGAUCUUGGGCAGAAGUUCUCACAAAGGGCAUACACUAGCUAUCGGCUGAAUCAAGAGAAGAAAAAGGAUGGAAAUGGCCCUACUAGUGCAUUUGGAAACCUGCAGAAUCUGCAGAAGUGGAAGGGCAAGCAUUCGACAGUUCCUUGCAAAGAUUAUGUCAGCUCCGAUAUAGUCUGUAUUUCUCUUCAAACUGAGUGGAUGCAGCAGCAGACCUUACCUGAUAUGUCUGAUGUUGGUGAUCCACUUCAUGGGUUGCUCUCUGAUGCUGCUCACAAGUAUUGGGAAGAUCCAAAUGGGCGCCUCAUCGUUACCUCCAUCUACUCCCCUCUCAUCGAAAAAUGGGUUCCCGUCCUCUUUACAUAUGCGAAUGGUGCAACAAUUGCUCAUUACGAGUAUCACUUCCUUAUUCUCAUUGAAGGCAUUGCUGCAACUGUCACGAAGCGGCAGAGGCGGUGUGACUAA